AUGGCUUAUAAAUAUAGUACUUCAACUCGUAGAAUAUAUGAAAUUUGGAAAAAACAUGCUGAAAGAAUACCCUUGCGUAAACAGCAACUAAUAUAUAGUGUUGUUUCUUCUGAAAUAAUAUCUGAAAAUAAUACUUCAGAUAAGAAGUCAAAGAAAAGAAAAUCAGGAUCUGGUAUGGAGGCUAGCUUUUCAGCUAAUAAGGUUGGUAUAACUGAUAUUUUGAUAAAAAAAGUAGAUGAAAUGGAUGACUUACAAGUUAAGCUUGCACAAAAUCGUAAAGAAAGGGAAAAAGCUAAAC